AUGGACAAAGAAGAAAUCAUCAAUGAAAGAACUGAUGUUUGUCUAAAUCAAGGAGAGACGGAGAUUCUUGAAGUGUUCUUCUGUCCUGCUGAUAUUGGCAACUUCGAAGCUGAGCUAACCAUGAAAAUCAUCAACAACGACUUUGAAAUCAGCGAAGCUCUGCUUUUCGGUGAGUGUAUUCAACCUGACGUUAUGUUGACAAAUCUCCCGUCAUUGCCUACUAAUCUUGUCGGAAAAUACUCCAAAGCUGCUCUUGAUUUUGGUGGAAUCGCUAUAAACGAAACGCAACGAAAGAGCUUUACGAUAUCGAAUAAUCUCAAUGCUGCAGUCCGAUUUGAAUGGGAUGAGCAUCUAGCGAUUUCGUUCGAGCCCUCUGUUGGACAUAUUCCGGCUAAGUCGACUAUUGACAUUCUCGUCGCUCUGCAAUCAUCGGAAACGAUCGAACUUGACGGCGAUGUUGUGGAAUGCACGAUUUUACCAAUUAUUUACGAGGAAGAAAGCAGUUCAGUUCAAUGGGAUGACCGGCUCAAAAUAAUAAAAUGGAUCGAUGGCAAAAACGCAUCAGGAGGGCGAACCAAAGAAAAGGUUAUUGAAACAGAAGAAGAACCAAAAUAUGAAACAAAUGGAGAUGCUCGCGCUUUGCCAAUUUAUGUUUCUGGAAUCGUCGAUUAUUCCCCCCUCACGUCAUAA